UUUCCCGUCGGGGGUUUAGAAUCCAAAACAAGACGCGAUUUUCGAAUUUCAAAAUCGAAUCGAAGUGUUUUGUUACAAUCUUUGGAUUCGCGAUGAUGAAUUUACUGAGAAGAGCUGUAUCAUCUUCUUCCAAACGAAGCGAGCUUAUUCGUAUCGUCGCUGUUGCUACCGCUACUUCUGGAAUUGUCUAUGCUAAUUGUAAUCCAGAUUUAGGAACGCGUAUAUCGUUUGCUAUUCCUGAAUCUGUUCGGGAAUCUGUGUCGUUGCCUUGGCGGAUUUCACAGGGUUUGAUUCAUCGUCCUGAUCAAAGCUUGUUUGGAAAUUUCGCGUUUUCUUCUAGAGUUAGUCCAAAAUCAGAAGCACCUAUAAAUGAUGAUGAGAAAGGAGUUUCUGUUGAAGCUUCAGAUAGUUCGAAACCAAGUAAUGGAUACUUGGGAAGAGAUACUAUAGCCAAUGCAGCUGCUAGAAUUGGACCAGCAGUUGUCAAUCUCUCGGUUCCUCAGGGUUUCCAUGGUAUAUCUAUGGGGAAAAGUAUCGGUUCUGGAACGAUCAUUGAUGCUGAUGGUACGAUAUUGACUUGCGCUCAUGUUGUAGUCGAUUUUCAGAACAUUCGUCAAUCAUCUAAAGGGAGGGUUGAUGUGACGUUGCAAGAUGGUAGGACGUUCGAGGGUGUGGUGGUGAAUGCUGAUUUACAGUCCGACAUUGCAUUAGUGAAGAUACAGUCAAAGACGCCAUUGCCUACUGCUAAAAUUGGUUUUUCGAGUAAGCUUCGUCCUGGGGACUGGGUAAUAGCUGUGGGUUGUCCUCUUUCUCUCCAGAAUACAAUUACUGCUGGUAUUGUCAGCUGUGUUGAUCGCAAAAGCAGUGAUUUGGGUUUAGGAGGCACACGUAGAGAGUAUCUUCAAACAGACUGUGCGAUCAAUGCUGGAAACUCUGGUGGGCCUCUCGUAAAUUUGGAUGGAGAGGUGAUUGGUGUUAAUAUCAUGAAAGUUUUAGCUGCAGAUGGUCUUGGAUUUUCUGUGCCAAUUGACUCGGUAUCCAAAAUCAUCGAGCAUUUCAAGAAGAGUGGUAGAGUUAUUCGCCCAUGGAUUGGGUUAAAAAUGAUCGAACUCAAUAAAAUGAUCAUUGCUCAGCUAAAAGAACGAGACCCAUUGUUUCCAGAUGUCGAAAAAGGCAUUCUUGUUCCUACGGUGAUUCCAGGCUCACCGGCUGACCGAGCUGGAUUCAAACCAGGCGAUGUUAUUGUGAGAUUUGACGGGAAGCCGGUCGAGACCAUCAAAGAGAUAAUAGAGAUACUAGACGACAGAAUCGGGAAGCGAAUGCAAGUAGUUGUUGAAAGAUCAAAUAAAGUAAGGACCACACUCGAAGUCAUUCCUGAGGAGGCUAAUCCAGAUAUGUGAGUCGACGACGACUCCCAGGUUUUGAAAUCGAACUUUUUACCAUAUCCAACCAAAUGUAUUGAACGAACUCUUGAUAGUUCCAUUUAAUUUUCUGUAACUUUGGUUCCUUUCUCAA